AUGGCGGGGACCGGAGUUAGUUGGCCUACUGUAGGUCUGUUCUACCAAAGACGUGGUACACUUAGCAAUGAGGUGACGAUGACACUUAAAAGCGUGCACCUCGAAUUGGUCACUCUGACGCAGGGGACUGUGAAUAACGCAUCGAGUAGGACAGAUGUGGUGGCAGGAGUCGACUGUUUUAAAAACAAGGACGUGAUUUAUCACUUGCCUUUGGACUGUUUACUAGAUCUCCUUUGUUCAAAUGACCUUGCUUUGUCUCAAGGCGAAUUCGAACUUCUUAAUUUGAUUGAAAAAUGGCACACUGAUAAAGCCAACCGUCUUCAUGAGAUGCAGUUGGGACAUGAAGAACUAUUACUUGAAAUUGAAAAAAAUGAUUGUAUAUGUCUGAGCCUCUUGAGGAAUUGUAUUCGAUUCCAGCUGCUUGAUGUUCAGCUACUGCAGAACUGGAGCCAUUUCCAUACUCUUAAGGACCUCGGUGAAACCAAGUUUCUUUUUAGUGGCUUCAUUGUCGAGAAAUCUCUUUACCUCGUGCAUUCAGCAUUGGAGGAUCGAAAAGGCAUCGAUGAACUAGAAGCGCAUAGAAAGUGGGGCCGCAAUGUAAGUAGUUUUAUUAAAUGUCUCAGUGUUUAG